CGUGAUCUUUCGAGCUCUGUGCGGUGGCGGGGUGGCACAAUUUGGGGCACAUUUCUCGCAUCGCGAUUUUGCCAGCUCUGUGCGGGGGCGGUCUGGCAGGUGUUGUGCCGCCCCAGAGAGCGUUGCUGCCCUAGGAUCCUGCCAGGAUCCGAUACUGCGUCCAACACAACAUAACCCUGCACAAAAUAUAGCCAUCUUAAGGUUGCACACACCUUCAGAUAAACCCUUUGUAUUUGUGAUGCUGGUCUUGGGAGGAGCAGCCGAUAUCAGUCGAUGGCGUUGAGCGUGGCGAGAGACUGACUUCUCCCGGAAGUGGGUGGUUAAGUCGCCACUCGGUCACUGCUGGCUAAUGAGCGAUCGCUGGGAUGAAGGAGAGUCGGGGACAUUCUUGGGGCUGAAAAAUAUCCAACGACACAGCUCUAAAAUAAUUAUAUUUUUAAGAAUAUAGUUGCGGUCCACCGCAGAAGCCUCUCACAAACGCUAUCAGAUAAAGCCCAGACACCCCGCCGCCAAGAUGAUGGAAGAAAUUGACAGAUUCCAGGUGCCGACGGAGGCAGAGAUACAGCCUUUUGAUCCAGCAUCGUCAACCGCAUCAGAGGCUGAUUCAGAUACCAGGGAGAGUGAGCCUGCCACUCUAAACUAUAAACCUUCUCCCAUCCACAUGAAGAUUGACAAACAGAGAGAGCUUGCUAGAAAAGGAUCACUGAAAAAUGGCAAUGCUGGAAGCCCUGUCAAUCAACAACCCAAGAAAAAUAAUGUGAUGGCCCGGACAAGGCUAGUGGUUCCCAAUAAAGGCUACUCCUCUUUAGACCAGAGUCCAGAUGAGAAGCCUUUAGUUGCUCUGGACACAGACAGCGAUGACGACUUUGACAUGUCAAGAUAUUCCUCAUCAGGAUACUCAUCAGCUGAGCAGAUAAACCAGGACCUGAACAUUCAACUACUAAAAGAUGGAUACAGGCUGGAUGAGAUCCCUGACGAUGAAGACCUGGACCUCAUACCGCCCAAAUCUGUCAACUCAACCUGCAUGUGCUGCCAAGCCACCUCCUCCACUGCUUGUCAAAUCCAGUAAACUCACAU